AUGCACGGUUUGCUGGAUGGCAAUCGGCAGUUCUUUGAGCCUUUAAUAGCAAAUGGUGCUGCGAACCAUCACCUUGCACCGCCACCAUUCUUUAGCGGUAGCAACAGUGUUCUCCAGAAUGGCCUUCUUCAAAAUCCUGAUAUCUCUCAGCACAGUGCACAAGUGAUGUCGCCGACAAUGCCUGAACGCAAUAGCAUGGCAACAUAUGAAAUGGCUUCUAGUGGCUUCACGGAGUUUUCUGUAUAUUCCGCUACUUCGGGAUGCUGUGCAUGUCCUCUUUUGAUGCCAAAUCAGCAGCAGGAGCAAGAACAGUCCCAGUUCCAGCAGCACCAAGAGCAGCCGCUGUUCCAGCAGCAGACGCCACAGCAACCUCAGAUAGUAACUCGUAAGAGUUACAUACACUAUGGAAGAGGUACUUGCGUAAUCUGUGUUGUGCGGCAACCGCGUAGUUACGAAAAUCUUGGCGAAAGAAUUGAAGAAUGCGAUGCAAAAGUGCGCUCAAAGGCUUAA